AUGAGCGACGACGCGAAGAAAGCCGCCGCCGCCGCGGACCGCGACGCGUUCCUCAAGACGUUCGAGAGCCUCCGAUCCGAGCUCGUGGACGCGGAGCGCGCCGACGGGCAGGUCCAGAUCGCGAUCCAGUGGAUCGACAAGAUGGUCGAGUACAACGUCCCGCACGGGAAGCUGAACCGCGGACUCGCGGUCAUCGACGGCGUUCGCGCGCUGAAGGGCGGCGCCGCGUGCGUGGACGACGCGCUCAUGCACCAGGCCUCCGUCGUGGGGUGGUGCAUCGAGUGGCUCCAGGCCGCGUUCCUCGUGUGGGACGACAUCAUGGACGAGAGCGUCACCCGCCGCGGGCAGCCGUGCUGGUACAAGAGCGACGGCGUCGACAUGAACGCCAUCAACGACGGCCUCGUGCUCGAGUGCCAGAUCUACUCCAUGCUAAAAAGCACUGCAAGUCUCUCCCAGAUGUUCCGGGACGUCACGGAUCAGACGGCGCACGGGCAGCUCAUCGACCUCAUCACCGGGCCUAUCGGGGUCGUGGACCUGUCCAAGUACACCGAGGAGGCGUACAUGCCGCAUCGUGACGUACAAGACGGCGUUUUACACGUUUUACCUCCCGGGGGCGAGCGCGAUGCGUCGAAGUGCGACGAGAUCUGCCGGCUUCUCGGGCAGUUUUUUCAGAUCCAGGACGACUACCUGGACUGCUACGGCGACCCGGCGGUGAUCGGGAAGAUCGGCACGGACAUCAUGGACAACAAGUGCGGGUGGCUCGUCGUCCAAGCGUUGAAGAAGUGCACCGCGGAGCAGAGGAAAAUCAUCGAGGACAACUACGGGAAGAAAGACGCGGAGUGCGAGAAACGAGUCAAGGCGCUGUACGUCGACCUCGGCAUGGAGGCGGUGUACCAGCAGUAUGAGGAGGACGCGCAUGGGAAGUUGAAGGGGAUCAUCGAAGGGCAGGACAUGCUCCCGGCGGAGCUGUUCGGGGCGAUGCUCGCGAAGAUCUACAAGCGCACCAAGUGA